AUGCUUUUUCUCCCGGAAGUAGGCGCAAGAUAUAAACACGGUAUUUUCUCACACCGCGACGUUUUUUAACGCUUCUAACCUCGUCUGGUGAGUUCAGGAAGACCGAAUACUUAGUUCCAGUACAAGCAUGUCGAGUCAAGUGUGUUUCGCCAAAGGCAUGACGGCGCGCCGUCACAUCGGGACAUUGCUGGUUUUACGAGCAGAGGAGCACGUUCGGCAGCGCGCGCACACAGAGUACUUACAAGCAGACACAGUGUGUAGACAGAACAGGGAGAACGGACGCCUAAAAAGUAAAGAUAAAGGGAGCCCUGAGCCCGGUCCCGUUCCCAAGGGCCAAAUCCGACUGUACAGCAUGAGGUUUUGCCCCUUCGCCCAGAGGACCAGACUGGUGCUGAACGCCAAAGGCAUCAAGCAUGAAGUCAUCAACAUCCAGCUGAGGGACAAACCCGAAUGGUUCCUGAAGAAAAACCCUUUGGGUCUGGUCCCGCUCCUGGAGACGGCGGCAGGGGAGCUGAUCUACGAGUCUCCCAUCACCUGUGAGUACCUGGAUGAGGAGUACCCUGGCAGGAAGCUGCUUCCCUCCACGCCCUAUGGGAGAGCCCAGCAGAAGAUGAUGCUGGAGAACUUCUCCAAGAUCCUUCCAUUGACCUACAAGAUCCCCAUGGGCAGACAAAAGGGUGAGGAGGUUUCAGCGCUGGUGGACGAGCUGAAGGAGAAGUUUGGCAAACUAAACGAGGACCUGGAGAAGAAGAAGAGCAAGUUCUUCGGUGGCGAUGGUGUCAGCAUGAUCGACUACUUGAUGUGGCCGUGGUUCGAGAGGCUGGAGGCCUUUAAGUUGACCGACUGCUUAGACGGUGCGCCCGGGCUGCAGAAGUGGGUGGAGCGCAUGUCAGAGGACCCUGUUGUCAAAGCCUGCAGGCACAGCCUGGACACCUACGAGGCCUACUACAAGACCUACAUAGAAGGAAAACCCAACUUCGACUAUGGCCUGUAGUGUUUUACCAACCUACUUCAACCGUCCACUUUUCUUUGUUUGAGUGAUGCUUCUUGCUUCUCUGGGUGUGCACAAUGAGCAAGAGUGGAAAUAAAUGGUGCAUUCAU